UAAUAUUUGUCACCUGAUCUACGUUGCCAUCAAUUUCUCUCUAAUUAUUCUCUAAAGAUCUGACCGAGACUAACUAACUAACUUUGAGCAAAUAGACAUUACAUUAAACUCACAUACAUCAAAUAGUUUCUAUUUAAAUAUGACGGUAACAAUCAAUUGCUUGGCAGACGUAUGUCUCAUUCCAAUUGGUACAGGAUCUGCAUCUGUUUCUGAUGAAGUGACGGCAAUUACUAAAUUAGCUCAGGAUUCUCAUUUACAUACUACUUUGCAUAGUGCUGGAACUACUAUUGAAGGUCCUUGGAACGAAGUGAUGGAUCUUAUUGGACAAAUGCAUGAAUUAUUGCAUACUAAACAUGAUAUUGUUAGAAUUCAAAGUGAUAUUAGAGUAGGAACUAGAACAGAUAAGAGUCAAACUCCUCAAGAUAAGAUCGAUGUUGUUCAACGUAAGCUAAAACAAUUAAAUAAAGACUAAUAAUAAUAAUAAUAUCGUACAUAUUUAAUUCCGUAAUGAAUACAUUUUUAUUUUUAAAGCUACCUUUAGGAAAUAUAUAUAAUUGUUAUAUAAUAGAUAGUUAAAGUACAUGAAGAAGUAAAAAAGAUAGCCUGAAGUAACGUAACGUAUUCAACUGACAAAUAAACAAAUUUGAAACUCCCCAGG